AUCUAGUAGACCGACAGAAAUCACAGGGAUGGAUUAUACAAAGCUACUAAAACCUAAAAAGCAAUCGCUCUCCUCUCAGGCUCUCCUACUCCUCUCUCUCUCUCUCUCCUUCCUAUUCCUCUUCCUCUUCCUCUCCGCUUUCACCCCAGAAGCAAAAUGGAAAACUGGAGCGGAGGAAAUAACCCUCUUAUGAUCAUGCCUCUCCUCUCUUCCACAGCCGCCGGCUCCACCAACCCCCUCAUCCUUCACCAUCAGCCACCACCUCCGCCGCCAUCCGACGGCUACGACUCCACUCUCAUCAAAGCCAAAAUCAUCUCUCACCCUCAAUACCCCCGCCUCCUCUCCGCAUACGUUAACUUACACAAAGUUGGCGCUCCGCCGGAGGUUGUUGCCAGGCUAGAAGAAGCCUGCGCUUCUUCCUAUAUAUCUAGCAGUGGUGGCGGCGGAGGAGAAGAUCCAGCUUUAGAUCAGUUUAUGGAAGCUUAUUGUGAAAUGUUAACCAAGUAUGAGCAGGAGCUUUCAAAACCUUUCAAAGAAGCUCUGCUGUUUUUAUCUCGCAUCGAUUCGCAGUUUAAGUCGCUCUCGCUUUCUUUGCCACCUGCGCCUUCCCAAGUGGGUGGUGAGCUUGAGAAAAACGGUUCGUCAGAGGAUGACAUUGAGUUGUGCGAUAACUUCGUCAACCCUGAAGCUGGAGAUCGCGAGCUCAAAGGUCAGCUCCUUCGCAAAUACAGUGGUUACCUUGGAAGUCUGAAGCAAGAAUUUCUUAAGAAGAGAAAGAAGGGAAAGCUCCCGAAAGAAGCCAGGCAACAACUGCUUGAUUGGUGGGCUCGGCACUACAAAUGGCCGUAUCCUUCAGAAUCUCAGAAGGUGGCGCUUGCGGAGUCCACUGGCCUUGAUCAAAAGCAGAUAAACAACUGGUUCAUCAACCAGCGAAAGAGGCAUUGGAAGCCAUCGGAGGAGAUGCAGUUUGUUGUAAUGGAUGCUUCUCAUCCACAUUAUUUCAUGGACGGUGGUUUUGCAGGUGGUAAUCCAUUUGCGAUUGACUGUACCCCUCUACUUUGAUAUAUGCUUUGCAGGGUAUAUGAAUAUUGUAGAAUUUGAACUCCAGUGGUUUGCUUAAUUACCUUAAAGGGGCUUUCUCGGCUGUGUACUUUGGUAAAAACUUCAUUAUUUUGAAUGCCGUUGUAACGACAUGGUUAUGGUUUCUGUUGUAAGACUUUGCUCCAGUGAUUUUACAUGGUAGUUUUGUGUUGCUAAUUAUGAUUAUGGUAAAUAAAUAU